AAUUCUGCUUCAAUCCCCAAUCCCCCGGCGCAGUCCAGUCUCCUCCCUCCCCUUGGCGCAGCGCAUCAGCCAGCCAGCCAGCAACGGCGCCGGAGCGAUGCGGCCCCCCACCCGCAGCGAGUUCGGCUUCUCCGUCGCCGGCAAGCGCAAGCGCUCGCCGGAGUUCCCCUGCGUGUCGCGCUUCCGGCAGCGGCGGCUCAUCUCCUUCCUCGGGCACCACAACUUCAACCGCACCGUGGAUGUGUUGGUGACCCAGACGGACGUGUUCCUGUGCCUGAAGCACCUGGCCGAGCUGGUGGACGCGGGCUCCUGGGACAAGGCCAUCGACUACCUCUCCCGCUUCCUGCCGUCCGACCGCCCGCUCGGCGUCCACGGCCGCGCCCUCUUCCACUACCUCCGCGUGCACAAGGCCAUCGACGACGUGCUCGCCGGAGCCCCGGAGGCCCGCUCCGUCACCACCGCCCUCGACCAGUGCAUCAUCCGCCACCCCACCAAGAGCCACGCCCUCACCAGGCUCCGCGCCAUCUUCUCCUCCCUCCUCUGCUCCAAGAGAUACAGGGCUGUCCUGGACAUAGGGCGCGUGAGGCACAAGGCUAAACUGACUAUCGUCGACUUGGUUUGUAAGACUCCAGAGUUGAAAGACCAUAUGCGACCCGCCCGCGGCUCAAUGGAACCCCAGAACGUGCUUCCCAUUGGCUUCGGCUACGCUUGUUUCCGUCCGAGGCGCCACGUGAAGAAACGAGGCGGCCGGAUCCCGGCGUCUGUGCUUGGCAGGCUUUAUCUUGAGAAGAAGAAGAACAUGCUGCCUUCUUUGACUUCAGACGAUCACUCCCAGGGGUUAACUCGUGAGUCACUAAUUAAGGCGAAGGAAUGGCUUGUGGAUCUUGUUGAGAUAAGUUUGGAAGCCGGCAAGAUGAGUGAAGCGGAACUGACUCAAUCAGCCUCUAACAAAGGUGGUCCGGUUACUCCAGUCUCACGGACUAAUCUUGCUACCUUCAAAGUGGUUACUAAUCGUACAUUAUUCCGCAAGGCAAAAGAAUGGAUGGUAUAUUUUACAGAGGAAUGUUUGAAAGCUUGGCCAGACGCGAGUCAAGAUGAUCUUCCUCAACUUUUCUGCAAGGAUGGUGAUCCUGAUGGCACAGUCCCCCGUACAGUGCCUGGUAGCUUGACUAGUCUUGCUGAAAAUUCAGCGAUUGCAUCAGUCAAAAAGCCAGAUGCUCUAUUCUCGCAAACCAUGCUUGGUACCUUGACAAAUCCUGCUGAAGACUCUGGGAUGUCAUCAGUGACAAAUGCAGGUGCAUAUAAACCUUUGAGUGAAGAAUACUUUUCCAGUUCAAGGAAGAAUCCAAGGAUGGAACUGGCAACUAUUAGGCAAGAUUUUGAUCCAAAAAGGCGACGGACAACUCUGACUUCGCAGAUUGAAACCGGAACUGAAGAUCAGCAAGCAACAUGAGUGUCUAACUGAAUGGUAGCAUCGACUGUACCAGCUGCUGCUUUUGCCUUUGCGAAGACGGUCAAUUAGCUACCUACUGGUGUUACUUGACGUUAAGCUACUUGUUAGGGGCUUGCGAGUCUUGUGUAUCUUCUUGUUAUGUUAUUUCUUCUAGUUCCUACCUCCUACUAUCAUUAGGGCAAGUGAACCAGAUCUAUGUGUGUGUAAGCUGCAGUCUGAAGUGUGUGAGAACUGAAAAAAUCGAGACCUGGAUCUUGUUUUGUUAAGUGUGAGUACAAUUUCUUAAAAUUUC